AUGUUCUGCUCUUCUAUAUCGACGGCGCUGCGCGGCUCCCCCGCAAUGAUCCAAGAAGAGCCGCUCGAGCUCGACAGCGCGCUGAUGGGCUACGGCCAGUUCAAGCUGGUAGGAGAAAAGAUGAUAAGCCUUGCACGCCAAGCAGGAUCAAGGACAUAUUCUCUCAGAAUUGGUCAAGUUUCGGGGCAUUCUAUGAAAGGACUGUGGAAUGACUCCGAGGCGAUCCCUCUGAUAAUACGAUCGGCACUGACCCUGAGAGCCCUGCCUGACCUACACCAGGAUUGCUCGUGGCUCCCGGUGGACAAGCUGGCUUCAGUAGUGCUUGAGUUGGCGGAAUCAUGCUCUGCGCCUGACCGCGAUGUCGGACAAAACCGCGCGUCGAGCUCCUCAGGAGUGGCCUAUGUGGAUGACUCUAUCUACAACAUGUACAACCCGCGCGCGUUCCCUUGGUCUGAGCUUCUGGCGACCCUCAAGCGAAGUGGAUUUCAAUUCCAGACCCUGCCGUUUGUAGACUGGCUCCAGUCGCUACGCGAGAGUGAGGCACGAGGCGAGGAGAAUGUCAACCCGGCAGUCAAACUGAUCGAUCACUUCGAGGAGAUGUAUGGUGAUGAGUCUCUCACUCGGCAGAAGUGGACGAGGGAGUUUGCUACGGCCAAGGCUGAACGAGACAGCGUGACUCUACGUAAUGGCUUGAGUAUUGUCGAAAACAGAAUUCUAGACCGCUAUGCCCGAGACUGGUUUAUGAGAUGGACGAACUUAUGGUCGGGGUAA